AUGCCGAACCGAGACUUGACCGUCGUCCGUAUACCUCUCAGGCGUGCAAAGCAUCACUUCGGGUCAGCGACCGCGCGGGGCAGCAGACCGUACAACGAGGAUACCGAUCAAGCAGGCACCAUCGAUAUCCCCGCGUUCGCGAAACGGGCGCCGCAAAGUGUAAUAAGACAAAGGCCAGGAGAGGCCAAACCAGCCGAGAGUGCCCUAGGCGAUCCCCAAAUAUUCUACUUUGGAGUCUUUGACGGGCAUGGGGGGACUCAGUGCUCCCACUUUCUUCGAGACAAGCUGCACAACUACAUCGAGCAGGCUUCGAGCGAUUUUGGAUUGCAGAGCACCCUGCGAACGAAAUAUACUUCGAACAACGAGAAGCCCACCAAUCCAUUGUCCAAGAAAGAGGCCUUUGAGGCCUUGGUCAUGAAAGGUCCGGACGAUGUAAAAGCCGACAUGAAAGUGCCCCAGCGCAACGAGAAUGGUGCUGUUCAGUCUCCUGAUCGCACAGAACCGCUCAAAAGCGAUGAUGUAGCUUCCGCCAACGUCAAUGAUUCACAAAAGGCCCUGAGGCUCGAGCGCGAGUUGGUUGACGACUACAAAAGCACAGUCGGGGGCUACUUUCGACGAUUUAUCCCAGAAUACUUCGACUUAUCUGAGGAUACCCGGGGCUCGCCAUCAAUAUCAAUCGAGUCCGUCCUCGUGUACGCGUUUCUACGAGCAGAUCUUGAUUUUGUCGACGCCCAGGCUCGGAAGCCCGACCCAGACGACCCUCAUAUCAGCGACAGCCCUCUCAACAAAGAUGAGAUUCUGGGUCUCCCGCACUCGGCUCCAUCUGGCCACGAGUCCGGGGGUCACACACGGUUCCAGGGAGGGUCAACGGCAUCUGUUGCUCUGAUUUCCACGCCCACCCCGGCCCCUUUUUGGCACCCAAGCGCACAUUCGACCAUGCUUGUUGCGCAUGUGGGAGAUUCCCGCAUUCUACUUUGCGAGACGGCCACCGGCUUGGCCCAGCCUCUGACUUCGGAUCACCACCCUGGCUCUCCCAGUGAGAGCCGGCGUCUACGGCGUUACGCGCCGGCCGGUUCGAUGGUUUCUGGCGACAGUUUCGGAGAGGAGCGAAUCGCAGGCUUGGCAAAUAGCCGCGCCUUUGGUGACAUGCGUAGCAAGCGCAUUGGAGUAUCCGCCGAGCCAGAGAUGACGCGCGUUGAUAUGGGCCCGGCGCAGUAUUCGUUCCUUGUUCUCAUGAGCGAUGGUGUGUCCGGUACCCUGAGCGACCAGGAAGUCGUCGAUGUUGUCAAGGACGCUAAGACCCCCGUCGAGGGGGCUAGGAAAGUCGUUGACUACGCGACCGAAGUCUCGCAUGAUGGAGACAAUGCCACUUGCCAGGUCAUCCGCUUGGGGGGCUGGGAGCGGCGGUCCGAGGGUGGACUGGGCAGCAUGGGCACUAAGGAGAUUCGUGACAUUCGCAGAGCUGAGGCCCUCGACCCUAGAGGCCGAAAGCGAUAA